GGAUUAUCAUUAAACGUAAAAGGAGAAAAAAAACAAUGAAGACCAGCGGAGUCCUGACAGUGGCGAGGCAAAACUAAAGCAUGAAGUUGAAUGAACGAAGUGUGGCAUACUAUGCCACCUGUGAUUCUCCGACUGAUAAGACUGGAUACUUGCACAAGAAAGGAGAGCGAAACACUGCUUACCACAGGCGCUGGUUUGUUUUGAAGGGUAAUCUGUUUUUUUACUUUGAAGAAAAGGACAGUAAAGACCCAAUUGGUGUGAUUGUACUUGAGGGAUGUACUGUGGAAUUGUGCGAAUCUUCAGAGGAUUAUGCCUUUGCGAUCAAAUUUGACAGUGCUAAAUCGCGAACAUAUAAAAUGGCUGCUGAGAGCCAGAGAGAAAUGGAAUCUUGGGUUAAAGCUUUAUCUCGUGCAAGCUUUGACUAUAUGAGAAUUGUUGUGAAGGAACUGGAGAAACAAUUGGAAGAGAUGCAGCAAAAUAGAUCCAGCAGCCGUAAAAGCCAAAGAAAAUCACUACUGCGAAAGCAAGGAAGCACUCCUCAUAGUUCACCACUAAUCUCUCAUAAUUUCGCUGUAUCUUAUAGGACUCCUGUUAAGGAGAAUGGCUAUGUUCCCUGGAAUACCAUCCAAGAUCAAAUUACUGACAGUGAAUUGAAUGGUAAAGCACACACUGUUAAUGACAAUAAUGAUAUCUCAAAAUGUUUCUUAGACCAUGCACCUGAAAGACCACUGCACACGCAACGUUUGCCACCACCUCUUCCCCCUAGGAGGAGAUCAGCAACAGGAGGUGUAACAUCUGUAACUGGUGGUCUGAUGCUUGCCCAAGAUGAUAAUACACCAGCAGGAGUAUUCGGCUUCACUAGAUUACAUGAAUGGUUUGGUAGGGAUAUAAUACAGCUGCGAAGACAAUGGCAGGAGAACAAGUUUGCAAGUAAUGAUCGAUCACAACUGGAUCAAAUGGUUUUGAAUUAACAAUGUAUCACACCUUGUCCAGUUCUUUUGAAAGGACAAUAUUGUGCUUGAGUUUUAAAAAUAAUUCUGUUUCUUUACCUCCACAUUCUAAUCCAAAAAAAUGCUUCAUGGAAAAUAUACAUAAACUUUUUAAAAUUUGUAUCAAAAUCUGGCUGGAACCAGCAGGUGAAGCACUUAGUAUAGAAGUUGAACGUUGGAAGUGUUAUAUAUCAUUUGCUUUUUCUUUCAUUUUAGCUUUACUAUCCCUGACAGAGAAAUGAAUAUACAACUUAAGGAAAGCCCUGAUUUCUUUUUUCUCUUUAAUGGCCUAAUGAGUAAAAACACCAAUUUGGUGCAGAACUAAUGUCUGAUUAUAAAGGUUUGGCAGCCAGUAAUUUCUCACUGCAGCCAUAACUUUUAUUAAUUUACCAUAGUAGUUGGCCAUUGCCACCUGGUGGGGAGAUGACUUGAUGCCCCACCCUUUCUGAGAAUGGGCUGUUAACAAGCUGUCUGUAGGUUUCUUAAACAAAAAGCAGCUAUGUGGUGGUAGUGGUACCUAUUGAACUGAAUCACAGCAUAUGACAGGUAUAACCUUUAAUAAUUAGAUUGCUUUUUCUGAAAUAGAUCUUGCAAACCUUCACUCCAGCAUUACUUAACAAUUUUCCAGCACUGCUGUCUAUUAAUGUUUCUGGUUAAUCAUUUGAAUUUGAAUAACAGACAUUUUACAAGGAUCUGCUUUAUGAAACACUAAUUUGAAUAACUACUACGUAUUAGCAUUAUGAAAAUACAGUGACUACAAACGUUAAUUAAUGUAUAGUACAUGUAUUUCCAUCUUUGUUUAAAGGGAACAGAUACAGUACCUCAAGUGCCCGUGUCAAACUCUAGAAUAAUUGAGGGCAGGAGUAGAAGAAUACAUAUUUAUUGUUUGGAAUCCAUUUGAUUGUUUGUUUCUUUUUAAGAAUACUAUAAUUACUAAUGUGUCAAGAGUUCCCAGGGGCUUGAAUCGGGCACCUGAAAAACCACUACAUACAUAUUUUCAACCACCUCUGCUCCCUCGCACAAGUAUAAUAUAUAAUACUGAGCCAUACAGAAGACAAUGACCCCAUGUUUGGUCGCUUGGUCUAGUCAGAGUCAGUUAAUCACAGAUAAGGUAUAGGGCAGGAGCCAAAAUUUGCUCUAGUUUCCUGGGGCAAAAGGAGAAAAAGGUUUUAUUUUCUGAUUGUUGCCGAGUGAUAAUUACGAGAAAAUGAACAUGUGGAUAAUAAAUAAGGACAGCUGAAGAGAUAACAUGAGAGAAUAUCUAACUGACAUUCAAUGUAUUAUCCUCACAAAUGAGUUUUUAUAUGACCAAAGUCACAUGCAACACAGGGUUGGAAAACUGGUGAUAGGGAAUCAACUGUCUUUUUAACACGGCCCAAUUAUUCUUUCAAAUGUAGUCACCCCAGCUUUCUGAAUAUUACUUUAGCUUUUUUUCUGUCCCAGAAGAUUAUAUGCUGGCAGGAGGAGUUGGAGGUUCUCAUAGGUUACACCAUUUCUAAGGUAGGAUGAUGACAAACUAGAUCCUUUCCCUUCAUUCUUACACCUCGGUGAGCCUUCGAAAGAUGAGGGAAGAACUAUUUUAAUAAAUAGCAAAUUUUAUAGAAUCUUUCAAAAAAAAAGAAAUGUGGAUCUAUUGCAAGUUAUUGGUUAUAUAAUGCUGCUGUGCAGGUGGAAUCUUUGUGAAAGUGACUCUGGCUUUAUUUUAAAGAAAUCAUAUACCAAGGCUCUGAUUGUUUUUCAUACAUGAAGAGAGCAUUAUUAAUUCUGAAUUCAGACAAUUUCCAGUAAUUAGUUCACUGAAUUCUAAUGUUGCACAGCUGGUAAAAUUUCCAUUUAGCAUUAUAUAGGUAAAAUUAGCUAAUGUCAUUUAUGGAUAUCACUACAGCAGCAUUGAUUCAUUAGUGGUGUAGUUUUAGUGAUCUAUCUUUUGAACAAUAAGGCCAUGGCUGAGAUUGACUGCACAUCAUCCAAAAACACAAAUGGUGCAGAAUUUAGAAAAAAAGUAUUUAAUCUGCCCCUCUAUCUUCUGUGUUUGUGUGACCACUUUUGUACGCAAAUAAUCAACUGCCAGCCACUCCCCAGGGUCUUACUAUAGAAUGAUCAUUUGAAAUGUUAUUGCCAGUUACGGAACUUUACUUCAACGUAAGAUUCCUCACUAUUUACCUCAUCUGAAAAAAAUAUCUGUUGAAGUGCAUAAGAAGAGAAAUGGAAUAGUUAGUGAAAUAAAAAUACAGGAAAGUUAUUAACAUGUUAAUAAAUGCUUAGACAUUUACUAAAUGUUUCAAAUUGGAGUUUGGCUGUCAGGUGAUACAGAGUUCUAGUACUAGCUAUUUGCUGUUGCUAUCCUUUUUUCACCCUUACCAACACUCCUGAACACAAGUGUCAAACUAUGAAUAGCUAGCUUUUGCAACUAUAGUGAAAGAAUCAGUCUUACAUAGUAAAAAAGGAAUGAAUCAACUUUGCUGGUGUUUGUUCCUUUUGAUAGACUUUACUUAAGCUUUGAAGCACAUUUAAUAUGGUUUUGUAUAUCAACUUUCUCUCAUUUGGUUGGCAAUGCUAAACAUGAUUAUAAUUGAAUAGCCACUAUAAGCAAACAAAAAAGAUUGCAGUUUCUUAGUAUUGGAUGUCACUUGAUGAAUGAAUACAGUCAAUACUGUUAUACACAGACAUUGCAAAAUAUAGGAAAAGAAUUCCUUUCACAUGCAUGAAAGAAGUGUUCGUUAUCCUGAGGCUAGAGUAUAAAUAUUGUCUAUGGUUUUAGAGGUAUAAGAGUGCCUCUCCCUCAGCUUCACUCAGUGUUUGUAAUGUUUUUAGUAUACUGUUAAAUCCUUGAUUUUUAAAUAAAUGCAAACAUUUUAAGAGCAACUUUAUGGAUUGCCACAUUUUGCCAUGACUAAGAUGUAGCGUCACCUAGAAUAUUUCAAGAGUUACACUUUAGAAAAAAAUCAAAUAUUUGUAUUAUCCGCUCAUUAACUCACCAAGCAAAAGUCUGGUUAAUGAUCAAAAUAAACAAAUCACUGGUGAGGACUAUUUUUAUUUGAAGUGUAGAACUACAAAAAGGUGCGCUUGAAGCUUAAAUUAUGUGACAAUAAUGGGUGGGUUUUCUAAAUGUCGAUGUACCACGCCCUUGUAUGGCAGAAAUAUUAGUUACAUUUUUCUUUUAUGCUUCUGCAGAGAUAGAAGGGUUGCUGUUUGCCUUGUAGUUUAUUUUAGGGCAGCAGGCUUCAAAAUCUCAAUACUUUAUUCUCUAAAGCAAGGAAGUAAUCUGGGCAGCAUCUAAAAUAAACCAAAUCUGUCCCAGGGGACGCAUACAGGAAUCACUUUCAAUAGCAGUACAGUGAUAAAUUUCUAAGAAGUGUUGUAAUGACUAUUGCAGUGCCAUUAAUUGAUGGAAAGGGAGUGGAUACAAUGCAAGAGAACAGGGGAAAGCUGAGAACAGUUGGAAAAUACUGAUUAUUUUUAAUUGACAAAAAUUGCACUUGAAACAUAGGUACAUGAUUUAAUCAAUGGGGAUCAUUUUAAAGUCAAUGUAAAUUCUAGAAGGCUAAUUAAAUUUGUCUUUUUUUUGCAGAAUCUAAUUUAUUCCUUACAGUUGUGGAAGUUCACUAAUCUUUUAAAUUAAGAGCUUCCAAUUGUAUGAGUCUGCAACCGGACAUUUUUGCCUCAUUGAAUGACCUUUGCCUAGACGUUAUGCAAUGAGAUACUAAUGUACAAAUGAUCACUAAAUAAAACCCAAAAGAAUUGCGGAUGCAGUAAAUCAGGAACUAAAACAAAUUUGCAGGAAAAGCUCAGCAGGUCUGGCAGCAUUUGUGAAGGGAAAAAAAGAGUUAACACUUUGGGUUUGGUGACCCUCAGACCAAAUGACUGCUGUUUGACUAGAAUUAUUCUUUAACAGACACUUUAUCCUAUUUACUUUAAUUCCUCCACUAAGAUAGCACUUUGAAAUUUCAGUCAAAGAUAUUAAGAUUUAAGAAUUCUACAUUAUAAUUUCAAAGUCCUUCGCUUUAGAUUGUAAAAUAGCUCCAACACAGCGUGUAAGUCACAUUGGUGUGAAAACUGCAUUUGUUUUUAGUCCUAGCAGCAAACAAUCACACUCUUUAUUUCUCUUGUCCCUGUUUCUACAGAAUUGUGUAGCAGAUUUCCUUUGAUCACACCAGUUUCAUUUUCCAUCAUUUAAACCUGUUGAUAAUUGGUAGUACAUCAGUAAUGUUGAUUUUUAGUAGGAAAAAAACACACAUGUCCUAAUGUUUUCCUGUGCUGACUUAUGUUAUGGCAUAUAAAAUUGAUGUGGUGCCCAUUCGUAAUCACUGGAAAUAUAUGUCUAAUAACAUUGGUGCAGAUAGAGUUUGAGUUGGAUUAUGACGCUUUCAGUUGUCAAUAAGCACACUAUUGCCAGCUGUCCAAAUUUAUAGUAAAUGUAUUGAUGGCUCUUGCUACUGGAAACAAUACCUCAGACUACAUUUGGCACUUUUAGGAGGAGUGAAAAAUGGCAGGAAAGGAAAUUGAAAAUAAAACAAAAUAAUUUAGAAAGCAUAUCUUCAGUAUGUUCCUGACAUGAUCCUGAACAUAUAGCCAAACAACUGCCUUAAGUUGCUGCCAUUGUGCAUUUGUCAUAUCUUUGUCUCAAUCUUAAAAGAUAUUCUUGGACAGCAAAAAAUGUAAUACAUUUCUUACUCCUUGAGUGGCAAAUGAAUUGAUGGAACAUUUGAUGAUUACACUUUAUUGACAUCAGUAUUACAAGGCAUUCUUCCUCAUAAAUAUGAUCAUUUAUAAAAAUAACUUCAAUGUUUUUUUAAUGUGUUUAUUCCUGGUAUUUUACUAACAGAAUUUUUUUGUUCUUUUGCAAUCUGCAAACACUGCAGUAUAAGCGCUAAUUUUUAAUGAUUUUUAAAUUUUUCAUACAGUGACAAGACAAUUUUUGGUCAUUUUGUUAAUCCUAUUUAUCAAUUUAGAACUUUGGAAAUGUGCCACAAUUCUUUCAUAAUGCUGUGCCUGUCUUGGUUUCUUUAUUAAUGAGUUAUUAAGACUUAAAGCUUUACCUUUUAAGAAAUGAAGUUAUUGAAACAUGGCCUGAAGUGUGGCAUAAAACCUACAAAUUAAACAUUGCAUAUCAAAUAAUUAUUUCUUCAUAUUUGGUGGUUAUUAAGAUUUUUUAAUCUGAUAUAUCCAUUUUACGUGGCACAGUUCAGUUUCCAAACCAGUAAACUAUUCUGGACCAAUUCUUCAACAUCUUCAAAGUCACCAUGUGUUAACAAAUGGUUCGCAGAAUAUGUAUUCCUCCGAUAAAAUGAAGUAUGUGUUUUAUACAAUGUUGUCAGCAGAAAUCCCAGCUAGCCACAGUCGCUUUCAUAACAUUAUUAACAAUUUGUAUUAAUAUUAGCAGAGAACGCCUUUCUUAUACUUCCUCAAAGUGGGGACUUCAUGUGUACAUUACAAAUUUAACAUCAUUCAGAAACCAAAGAAGUAAAAUACAACAAUAAAAUCUUGCUUGCACUGAGCUUUUCACUUUGAAAUAGUUUAAAAAAAAAGGAUGAACUUGAUAAAGCGUACUGUGUACAAAUUUGCGUAUUCAUUUCACAUGCCCAACCUUGUUUAAUAAGGUCUUAUUUGCUAAAUGGAAGUGCAAUUGCAAACCUGGCUAGCAGCUAAUGUAUUGGGCAACAUUGAAUUAGAAUACAUUGUAAGAUUUAAAUCUGCAUUUUUCCUCAAUGAUAAUGUGGGUUUAUCUGGGUUACUUAUUUUGAAAUUAAGUUUUUCAAAAUUCAAAAAUUCUUUUGAAUCCGAGGGUGAGAGAAAAUGUAAUAACAUACGUUAUUAAAAUCACAAAAAAGCAACACUACAGUUAUCAUGAAAUAAAGCCAUAUAGAUAUUUGCACAAGAUAUUGCUUAUGUACAAAAAUUCUCACCAUAUGACAAGGGUAAAAACUGUCCAGUUCUUAAUGCAUAGGUUUAAUUAUACUUAAAAUGAUAAAGAUUUCUAAUAUGUAAAUAUUUUUGGGAAUGUGAACUGGUACAGUAAGUAUCUAGGAUAGCAUAAUACUUUUAUAUUUAGGGGUCGAAAUCUUGAAUGUCAUGUUGUCUAUGAUUAUAUCCCUUUUUGGAGUGAAGCUGUUGUGGUCAUCUUAUAUUUUUAGCUUUUUUUGACUGAAGAAAGCCACAGAUAAGCGCGUGCUUUGAUUUUGGAGUGGGAGAUGUUUUGCAGGAAAUGAAUAGAAAAUUAAUGUGGAACCAUAGGUAUUAUAGUCCUAUAUAUUUCAAUUGCUUUUUAGCUUUGAACUUUUUUAGUUGCCCAAAGGCAUCCACUAAACACCAUAGCUUUUUUAAUGACCUUGUGUAAAGAUUGAUCCUGUUUGAUAUAAAAUAAACUACGUAAAUAUGUGCCAAAUAUAUGUUAUAUUGUAAGAUUGUUUGUUGAAGUAAUAUUCCUUAUUUUUACUGGGGGAAUACUUUAAUUAGGUUUCAUUUAAUGCAUUAAGCCAUUUUUUAACUUUUUUACAUGAAAGUGAGAGUUGUGUCUUUGGAGUGAUAAGAUUUUGUUCAACUUUAAUUCUGAUACUUUUUUUUGUAAUUACUUUUCAACUUCUGUGGAAUAUUUUGAUCCUAAUGUACCUGGUUACCAGCAUGAUUGCAUGAAUGAUCAAACUGUUUUUAGAUCCAUAAUAUAUGGAAGUGUUUACCAACUGCCUACUUCUAAUAAAUGCAUUAAGGAAUGUA